CACAAUAUUUUUUUUUCUUAUUUUUUUCAUUUGAAAUUUUUUAACAAAAAAAAAAAAAAAAUCAGCUUACUUUCAACUAAGUUGUACUGAUCCCAAAAAUCAUGUCGACAAUAUCCGCUUAUUUUGUUCUUGUUGUUGUUUUGCUGAAUUUUCAUCAGCUUUGUGUUUGUCUAACGUCCGAUGGACUAUCACUAUUGUCACUAAAGUCCGCUAUGGAUGACGGCACCAUUUUUUCCUCCUGGAAUGAAAAUGAUGACACACCUUGUAGUUGGACAGGCAUUUCAUGUGCUAACAUUUCUAGUAACUCUUCAGACCCGCCACGUGUCGUGGGUGUCACACUCUCCGGUAAGAAUCUACGUGGAUACUUACCGUCUGAGUUAGGGACGUUAGUUUAUCUCAGGCGACUUAAUCUUCAUGGAAAUAACAUUUAUGGUUCUAUCCCUGAUAAUCUUUUUAAUGCAACGUCACUUCAUAGUAUUUUCUUGUAUGAUAAUAAUAUAUCAGGUCAGCUUCCACCUACUGUUUGUCAUCUUCCUCGUCUUCAAAAUUUGGAUAUUUCGGGUAAUUCACUUACUGGAACUUUCUCGAAGGAACUUCGUAAGUGCAGGCAGUUGCAGAAGUUGAUUCUUGCCAGGAAUAAUUUUUCCGGUGAGAUUCCGGUGGGGGUGUUCCCGGAAAUGGCGAAUUUGGAAACACUUGAUCUUUCGGAUAAUUUCUUUAAUGGGUCGAUUCCUGAAGACGUUGGUGAAUUGAAGUCACUUAGUGGGACUUUGAAUCUUUCUUUUAAUCAUUUUAGUGGGAAAAUCCCGAAAUCUUUAGGUGAUCUAUCUUUAACUGUUAGUUUUGAUCUUAGGAAUAAUAAUUUAUCUGGUGAGAUUCCUCAAACUGGUUCAUUUGCAAAUCAAGGUCCAACAGCAUUUUUGAAUAAUCCUAUGUUAUGUGGAUUUCCUUUACAGAAGAAUUGUAAAGACGGUUCAAACAAUUCGACACAAGUUCAGGGUUCGUCUGGUAAUGAAGGAAGGGAUUCACGUAAAGGGUUAAGACCUGGAUUUAUUAUAUUGAUCUGUUUGGCUGAUGCAUUUGGAGUGGCAUUUAUAGGACUAGUGGUAAUUUACUUGUAUUGGAAAAAGAAAGACUCUGGUAGUGGUUGUAGCUGUACUGGAAAAAGGAAAUUUGGUGGGAGUCAUGAGAAGCAAACGUUUUGUGAUUUCCCAUGUAUUAAUGGAUUUCCAAGUAAUGAUUCUGAAGUUGAGUCCGAGAAGGGAGGUGUUGGUGGUGCUAGUGGUGGUGCUAGUGGUGGGGAAGGCGAUCUUGUGGCUAUUGAUAAAGGUUUUAGCUUUGAGCUUGAUGAGCUGUUGAGGGCUUCUGCUUAUGUGUUGGGAAAGAGUGGAUUGGGGAUAGUGUACAAGGUUGUGCUCGGGAAUGGUAUCCCGGUGGCUGUGAGGAGGUUAGGGGAAGGUGGGGAACAGAGAUACAAGGAGUUUGUAGCUGAGAUUCAGGCGAUCGGAAGGGUUAAGCAUCCUAAUGUUGUCAAAUUAAGAGCUUAUUAUUGGGCUCCUGAUGAGAAACUUCUCAUUAGUGAUUUCAUUUCAAAUGGCAACUUGGCUUCUGCUCUUCACGGGAGAAAUGGGCAACCAUCACCAAAUUUAACAUGGUCAACGAGACUGAAAAUUGCCAAGGGAGCAGCGCGAGGUUUAGCUUAUCUCCAUGAGUGUAGCCCAAGGAAAUUUGUCCAUGGAGACAUCAAACCUGCCAACAUUCUCCUUGAUAAUGAACUUCAGCCAUAUAUAUCUGAUUUUGGCCUUAAUAGGUUGAUCAACAUAACGGGAAACAACCCUUCCACUUCUGGUGGCUUUAUGGGUGGAGCUCUUCCUUACUUGAAGCCUGCUCAACCAGAACGACCCAACAACUAUCGAGCACCAGAAGCUCGAAUCCCUGGUAACAGACCUACACAAAAAUGGGAUGUCUAUUCAUUCGGGGUCGUCUUGCUUGAACUGCUCACUGGAAAGUCUCCUGACCUCUCAAUUCCCACAACUUCCACUUCAACAGAGGUUCCAGAUCUUGUAAGAUGGGUAAGAAAGGGAUUCGAGGAGCAAAAUCCACUAUCCGAUAUGGUUGAACCAAUGUUGCUUCAAGAAGUCCAUGCUAAGAAGGAAGUACUUGCUCUAUUUCAUGUCGCUCUUGCAUGCACCGAGGCAGAUCCAGAUAUUCGACCAAGGAUGAAAACUGCCUUAGAAAACAUCGAGAAAGUUGGAGCUUAAACUUUUGGCUACACUCUAAGUUCCAUGGACUUCUUUUUUUUUUUUUUUGCAGUUGCUCCUAUCAUUUUUUUUGUCUUUAGGUGUUUAUCAAAUCUUUAAACUUCACUACAUAGGUACAGAAUACCGGUGUGCUACAACAGAAUUCCUGUCAUUUUUGAGCAGUUAAUUAGUUGCUUAUCUCUUUAAUCUAUUCCUGUUGUUAUGAAGUUAAAACAACUUUUCAUGGUCAAUAAAAUUAUUUCUCUGUUAGUACU